CCGCACUCGCGUCGUUUCUCACCUCCUCUCGCGUCGCGGCGGAAGACGGUGGCGAUGAGGAAGCGAUCGGAGAAAUGCGGAGGGAAUGGGGAAUUGGCGGCCAGGAGGUCCGGGAUCGCGGCGACGUGCGGCCGCCGGAGUCGGAAGAGGAGGAGGGCGGCGGUGGCGAAGCGGGAGCGCCGGAUUCCCCACCGGGAGCUCCGGAAACGAAGCGGUGGACUCCGGCCCCCGAUCGACGAGCUGGCUCGGGGGAAUUUAGGCGGCCGCCGGUGCAAAUCGAGCCCUGAUCUCGGUCGCAUCUCUCGCUACUCCAGCGACGCCUCCUCCGAAGCGUCGACGACUCCAUCGCGGUCGUCGGAGCUUGGGCAGCGACGCGACGCUGCUUCGCUUUUCCGAUCCAACGGCGAAAGAGAAGAAACGACGGCCUCGGGCAACCAACGAGGCGAGACUAGCGAUGUGGACUCCACGGUGGAGACGGAUCCGUGCAGGAGACGUUGGGCUGCAGCGACACCGCCGGAGGCGGAGCUGGAAGAGUUCUUCGCGACGGCAGAGAGAAAUCUGCGUCAGCGAUUCGCCGAGAGGUACAACUUCGACGUCGUCAACGACGUGCCCAUGGCCGGUCGCUUCGAGUGGAUUCCAUUAUCUCCCUGAAGAAAACCA